UGACGAAACGCUUCGUGCCCUAGUCGUAAAUCAUCGUCCUUUUCCGGAACUUCUCGCUCAUCUCCAACAAGCGGCGCUGGUUGUGUCACAGCAGCAGCAGCACCAGUCGAGGACGGCGGGAACGACGAUGGCGACCGCCAAAGCGAUUCUUUAACAGGAAAAAAAUAAAAAUCAACCUUGUAGAAGCCAGCAGUACGAUGGAGGGACAUGCCGCUCUCGACCAGGAGCAGCUCUUGCAGUUUCUGAGGAGGCUCAAGGAGGUUUUCGACGUGUGCGACGAGGAUGCUGACGGCUUCAUCCGGGUGGAGCACUUGAUGGACCUCGGUCUUCAAUUCGGUCAAGGAGACGAGGUUAAGAAGUUAACCAGGUACCUGGACCCUAAUGCUCAUGGGAAGAUUAACUUCAAAGACUUCUGCCACGGAGUGUUCGCCAUUAAAGGUUGUGAGGAGAUCCUCAAGAUGGCUGUGGGUCCUCGCAGCGUUACCUCCAACCAGCCGUCUGUGACUGACAAUGGUUACAUUUACCAGAACGGUGAGGCCAAGCUGGGCCCUCCCUUUAUCAUGUGCACGCGCUCCUUCCCAGAAUGCAGCGUCUACGGCGAGGGGGAGUGCGACAUGGACAGCAGCGCCGAAAACGGCAACAGCUCCGACUCUUUGGAUCCAAGGCGGCGAGACGGCCACCUGAUUGGCUCAGCGUCCGCCUCCGUCAUCUCCGGGGAGGAGCAGUUUGAGGACUACGGUGAGGGGGAGGACGUGGAUUUUACUCCCAGCAGUCCUUGCCCCGAAGAGGACACCCGAACGAAUGGCUUCUCAGACCUAGGAUCCUCCCUUCCCUCCAGUGCUGGGCAGACUCCUCAGAAGAUGCGGCAGCUGUAUAACAGUGACCUGCUGGACAUCUACUGUUCUCAGUGCUGCAAGAAGGUGAAUCUGCUCAAUGACCUGGAGGCUCGACUUCGAAACCUUAAGGCUAACAGCCCUAACAGAAAGAUUACCAGCACAGCGUUUGGACGUCAGCUGUUCCAGGCCAACCACAGUGUGUUUGGGUCCAGCCAGGGCAGCAGCACAGAGGAUCUGUUCACGGACAGCAUCGACUCCUGCGACCUCGACAUCACAGAGAAAGUCAGUUAUCUGGAGAAGAAGGUGACGGAGCUGGAGAGUGACUGUCUGGCCAACGGAGACCUCAAGUCUAAACUCAAACAUGAGAACACACAGCUUGUACACAGGGUGCACGAGCUGGAGGAGCAGGUGAAGGAUGCAGAAGCGAGGGCGGAUCAGAGUCUGGAGGAGGAGACCAAGAGGCACCGGGAGGCUUUCAGCAAGAUGGACCGGGACAGAAACGUAGAGAUAGACCUGCUCUGUAACAGGGUACAGCUGUUAGAAGAAGAGAAUGGAGAGAUGAAGAUAAACGUGUGCAGACUCAAGUCGCAGACUGAGAAACUGGACCAGGAGAAGCAGAGGAUGACAGACAAGCUGGAGGACACUGGUCUGAGGCUGAAAGAUGAGAUGGACCUCUACCGGAAGAUAAUGGACAAACUCUGGCAAAACCGUCAUGCGUUCCAGAAAGAGAAAGAGGCCAUGCAGGAGUUGAUCGAUGAUCUCCGCCGGGAGCUGGAGUAUCUGCAGUUGUUUAAGCUGGAGAUGGAGCAUCCGGGACAGGGCAAGGGGCUGUCUGAGUUCAACGCCAGGACCAGAGAGAUCGAAAUGGAGCACGAAGUCAAGAGACUGAAACAGGAGAACUACAAGCUGCGGGAUCAGAACGACGACCUGAACGCUCAGAUCCUCAGUCUGAGUUUGUACGAGGCCAAGAACCUGUUUGCCUGUCACACCAAGGCCCAGUGCCUGGCAGCUGAGAUCGACAACGCGUCCAGGGACGAGCUGGUCGACGCUCUGAAGGAGCAGGAGGAGAUCAACCUGCGUCUGAGGCAGUACAUGGACAAAAUCAUUCUGGCCAUUCUCGACCACAACCCCUCCAUCCUGGAGAUCAAGGGUUAAACGCCACAUACACACACACACGCUUGUCUUUCUGUAGUUGUGGGGACCGUUGGCUGAACUAUAAGCUUGCAUCUUAAAGUUAUAAUCCUUUAUGAUUUCAGUUAAACAAACUCAUGUAGAUUUGAUAAAAAAAAGUCAGUCAAUAAUGGUAGCAUGACAACUGCCAUCUGAGUUCAUGCUGCAUACUCCCAUGUCUUAUUUUGUGGACGCAUUGUUGAUGAAUGAUCGGGGUAAGCCACUUCUUCGCAGUUAAAGUGAUCUAGCAGCAGUGGGACAUGUUGAUUAGCAUUAGCAGUAACGCUGGAUAACAGUCUGCGACGUCCACUGUCGAUCCCUCCCGCAUGUUUAGGCAAUUUGAAUCCAGCGAGGGAAGGGCGGACUCUGCCAUCGACAAUUAAAACUGAAAGAAAGACAGAUUAAUGCUGAAUGUAGGUACAUUAAAUUGCUCUUGCUGAAAAAUGCUGACCGUGAAUAGUAUCAAAAACAGGGUAUGAUUUCAUGGAAGUCUUAAGGGAUCAUAACUUUAAACUGGAGCCCAAAUUCUGAAUAUGCUAAAUGUUCUCACGACUUAUGACUGAACACACACAAAUGUAUAUCUACACCACCACAGCAGGCGGUCUUCAUAUCCACUAGAACCAAACGCUUAUAUAUGAUGCAAUCUGUCAAUCAGUGUAGAACUGCUGUGCCAUGUAUAGUCUGUCCACCAACGUUUUAUAGUUAUAUAUUUGAAACUACUGAAAUGUGGAGCCUUGAAAAUAUUUGGUAAUACACAAAAAACAUAUUUUGGUGUUCACUUUGUUUGUUGUAGAGACAGUACUAAUAGUUACUGAUUAUAACUGGGCUGCCGCGAGUGUAGAACAUAAAACAAUUAGUGACUUCAAGGGCCUCACCAGUGUUUUGCAUGUUUGCCAAAACAGUCCGUAAUGUUUGGAAUUUUGAAGGCGUUUUUCCCGCCUUUCAACCUUCAUUUCAGGCAGUAUGAAAAUCAACAUGUAGAAGCUGGAAAUUAGCCCGAGGUCAGUUUUCAUGUGACCACCAUGUUUGUUUUUAUCAUAAUGUUGAGUGGCAAUGCUAGAAAGAACUGCCAUUAUAUCUAAAAAAAUUGUGGAAUUGGCACCUGUUUGCUUUCUUUCCCGAGAGUGAGACGAGAAUAUUGACACCAGUCUCAUGUCCGUGUGUUCAACCCGAAGCUGGAGUCAGGACACGCUUAGCUUAGCUUAGCUUAGCAUAUAGCCUGAAAGUUCAGAAAUCUGCCUUUAAGGAUCCCUUAUUCACAGGAUGUGUGUAGUUUGUUUAAUCUGACACAAACUGAAAUGUAAAACGAUUUAGUUUGAGAGGGAGUUAUGUUUUGUUUCCGUUGAACUACUUCUUAUAAAAAAAUCUGGAAUAAAAGAUGUGUUAAAAUGGUCAAAAAUAAUAAGUAUUUGUGUAUAUCUAGUAAAUGGCUACAACACGUAUAAAAACUGACAUGGGCCCUUUAGGUAAAACAACGUCUAACCCUUUAGUUUGGCGGUCUCAACACAACUGAAUGUCCACAUGACUCCUAUAUGCUGUAUACUACAUCAAAUACAUUUUUAGUUGUCAGUAACUGUCAGUCAGCCUUUUGAGGGACAUGUCCGUGCUGUUUUUGAAGACCAAUUAUGAUAAAUGUAUUUAAAGGUGCUAAGAGCUAACAUUAUGUGCCAAAUCUUAACAUUUCACUGUUUUCAUUGACAUAAAUGGUCGUCAUGCAGAAAAAAAUGUAUCUCAUUCAAAAUAAAAUGUAUAAAUAUGAAAUGUCAACAAGGAUGUACACAAUGCAUUUUGAUGAGUAACAGUAAACAGAACUUUGUUAAUGAGAAAACUCCACAGGCCACCUUUAACUACUGUUUGCCUAUUACAAACACUAUAAUCACUGAUGUAUUCACUAGGGUUAUUUCCAAACAGGUAUUAGAAAUACUGUACUAAUACUGUGUACUUUGCAGUGCUCUAUAGAGGAAGAAAAAAAGCACUUACUUACCAUAAGCAACCUAUUAAUUCAAAACUUGGAAUCUAGGUUGAUUUCUGCGCUGCCUUCAGUGUCUUUGUGAAUUAGGAAAACCACUUUAUUCUACCUAUGCUGUAAAUUAGUCUCACUCUAAUUAAUGUCACCUACAUAUAUAUCUUAAAUAUAAUUUCACACGUGCUUCUUACACCAACAGUGUGACCUGAAUGAGCUAGCCAACCACAUCACUAUGGUUUAUCCCACAGGUGUGUACCAGUGAGGUGAGGUGAGCAGUAUUAAGCUGCUGUAGUGAGCACUGUAUUUAGUUGUGCUCCAUUGCACAAAUUGUUCCCAUAGGGGUUUUUUUUCACAGGUUUCUGUGCAUUUGCAUACGAGGUAUGAAAAUAGAUUAUUUAAGAUGUUCAGCUAUGAUUUUUGUCCAUUGUUGCCAUUGUGAGUGUUUUUUUUUUUUUUAUAUAUUGACAUUUUUACUUUACGACACAGUAUUUGUGAUUUCAUACAUUGUAAAUGUUGUACAGAAUCUAAUUAAUAUUUAUGUGCAAGUCAUUUCGCUUAUUAUGAAGACUCUUAGAGAGUUUUGACACAAAAUAAGAAAAAUAUGUGUUGUAGAUUAUAAUAUGAAGUCAAUAAUAUAUAGCACACUUAAAAGUGUCACACAAAAGUAUUUAACUGGAAUAAUAUUAAACAUGAUGAAAAAAAAAUAGAUCCUAGUCUGUCACAUCUCACGUGUUUUCACUUUUACUUCUUUUUACUUGUGUAUCGCACAUGACAUUAUGGGUGACCAUGUUGUAGA